CAAGAGUUGAACACAUUUGCUUCUCCGAAGCACAAUCUUAAUUCUUCACAAUGGAUGACGUGGAUAAUACAACUGACUUUUUAACAACUGAUAUACCAACGAUCACAGAAGGAGAAAGCAGAAUCGUGAAACAUCAGGAUAUACAAUUGAUUGUGCUCUGGACUCUGUUUGUAUCGAUUCUGAUCGGCAAUGGUGCGGUCUUACUCGCCCUCUAUACUGUCCGACACAAGAAAUCGCGGAUGAAUUUCUUUGUGAUGAAUUUAGCGUUAUCUGAUAUCCUUGUUGGAAUAUUUGAGGUUUUGGUGCAGUUAAUUCAUAGAGGUUACACACGGACAUGGAGGACCGGCAACAUCGCUUGCAAAAUCAUCAAGUAUUUCCAGGCCGGAUCUGUGGCUACUUCAUCGUUUCAACUGGUCGCACUAAGUGUGGAUAGGUAUCAAGCAAUUAUAUAUCCUAUGAACUUUUCCGGAAGAAAAGGAAAUUAUGACAAUUUAAAGACUGAUGAAAGUCGUUCGCAUCGUGCAAGCUCCAGAGGUCUUAUUCCCAAGGCCAAGAUUAAAACUAUUUACAUAACAUUGAGUAUUGUAAUAGCUUUCGUUGUGUGCUGGAGUCCGUUUUGCUUCUACUAUUUAUUGACGGGUUUCGAUGUGAUUGGACACCAUGCCAAAGCGGCAGCAGUUAUCGCUAAUUUGCCAGCAAUAAACAGCGCUGUCAACCCACUAAUCUAUGGAAUAUUCAGUACCAAUUUAUGCAGGGAGUUGAAGUAA